UGAGAUUACAGCAGCUGUGUAUUAUAGAGGUGAUGUAAAUAAUAGAUAUUAGAACUCAGAUUGUCCUAUUAAACGUUUAGGUGUGUCGUGAGGUUUAUUUUUAUAAUUUCAAUCCAACUCUUGCCUGGGCACCGCGCUAUAAAUAACUACUUGUACAGCCGCUGUCGCACAUCUUCGACAGCCGAAUGCGUACCAAGUAAUCAAUAAUUGUCUCAAAAACAACAAUUUAUAAGGUAUUACUAUAACUAAUAUUGGAAAAUGGACGCCGAAUCAUUCCUCGAGUUUGCCAGCCAAGUAACAAAAUGGAAAAUGUAUCCGUACUUCGACAUUGCACAUAGUGCGCUGUGUGCUCUUCACGUUCGUGAUGAUCUCGGUCCAGGAGCACAAGCGUUUUCACGUAAACAUCCCAUUUCGUGUUGGCUAUCUACAAUGUUGGUAGUUUUUUCAGGCGGCAUGAUAAGCGCUGCACUACUUGGCGAACCACUCUUAGCGCCUCUCAAAAAUACCCAGCAAUUGGUUAUCGCUUCUGCUCUUUGGUACUUGGUGUUUUAUACGCCGUUCGAUAUCGGAUAUAGCAUUGCGAAAUUCCUUCCUGUCAAAUUGUUAUUUUCCGUAAUGAAAGAAAUAUAUCGUUGUAAAAAAGUACAUGAUGGCGUAUUACACGCUGCCAAACUAUAUCCUAACGCUUAUAUCAUAAUGAUACUAAUCGGAACUCUCAAAGGAAACGGAGCAUCAUUUACAAAAAUCAUCGAACGAUUAUUACGUGGAGUAUGGACACCGACGUCAAUAGAAACGUUACAACCCAGUUUUACGACAAAAGCAUGUAUUAUCGCAUCUGUGGUGUUUGUACUCGAUAUCAAAAGCGACUUGAUAUCUGCCCCUCAUGCGUUUGUUUACGUUUUUGUAAUUGGUUUCUUCAUAUAUUUCAAGGUACUAUCGUCAAUGAUUUUGGGUAUUCACGAACCAAUGUUACCGUUUGAAAAUUUGAUAUGUGCGAUUUUCUUUGGAGGCAUAUUUGAUUACACUGCUAAAGCAUUUAAAAACAACAAGGACGACAAGAUAGACCCAAAGAAGAAAGAAUAAAAAUAAUUCAAUUAGCUGAGAUGAUGUGUGCCAUACUAAUUAUACAAAGUCGACAUUGAAUUUAAACCUGAAACAAUAAACGGACUUCAUAUUAUGUUUGAGAAUUUCAUUCCCUCCAUUAUUAAGUCUUUGAAAUCAAAUGAUUUUGCAUUAUAGUGUCGAGAUCAACUUUGACACGACUACAGUUUUAACAUAAGUGUUAAUUUUAACUAAAGUCGAUUUCUCUGAGCUAG